UCUUCAAAACAGGAAGUCCGUUAACACGAUCAACAACUGAAUCCAUUAUCUCAGGUUAAAUCAACCUCUCCGUUCGUCUGGGUUAAGCCUCGUGUGUGUUUGUGUAGUUUCGCUCCUCGUGUGUGUGUUUGUGUGUGUUUGUUUUCUCUAAAGUGAAAGUUGGAACUCGUCGGAUCCUCGAAUCUGCUGCUCGGCUGAAGCCAAACAUCUGGAGGAAAAAGUUCAACGAUGUGAGAAUGCCCACACUGUCAUUUGAAGAACACCAGUAUGAAUCAUGAGCUCGUAGAAACGUUCAGAAAGAAACUAGACAACCUCACGAUCUCAGAUUACCAUGGCCUCAACAGUCCAGGUCUUACCUGUUAUCUGAACAGUGUGCUCCAGCUGCUUUUCAUGACUGAGGACUUCCGAGCUUCAAUCAAACGGUGCUGCAGCAAAGACUCAACAACCAUUGACGCUCUCCUGAAAAAACUGUUUGAUGACUUAGAGAGAAGUUUGGCUCAAACACAUUGUCUAACAAAAAAGCUGGGGAUCGUAGACGUGUUCAAACAACGUGACGCCGCUGAGUACUUUGAGAAGAUCCUGUGUCUGACCAGUCCAGAGGCGUCCAAGAUAUUUAAGGGGCAGCUGAACCAUAAAAUCACAUGUGUCUGGUGUAAGAAGACGAACGACUCCAGGGGCUUCUUCUGGAUUCUGCCUCUCGCGGUGGAAAAUUCAAGCCGUCAAACCUACAGCGUGGAGCGAGGGUUGAUGGCGUUCUUCAGUAAAGAAAAAGUCUAUGGGGAAAACAGGAUGUACUGCACCCAGUGCGAUAAGAAGCAAGACGCAGUCAUCGACUGUGAGAUGACAGAGAACCCAAAGAUUCUCGCCCUCCUGCUGAAGAGAUUUGCCUUCGACUACGGGUGCAGACAGUUCGUCAAGCUUCACUGUGAAGUCGAUGUGCCCCAAACCUUGCACAUGCAGGACUGCAAAUAUGACCUCUACGCUUUAGUUCACCACGUUGGGAAUCUCACAGGAGGUCAUUACACUGCAGAGAUCAAAUCUUUUGAAACGGGGGAGUGGUACUGCUUCGAUGACGACAUUGUUGACAUGGUCAAACCACUCUUUGGAUCUGGAAACUCAGUGAGGUCCUAUACAGCGUAUCUUCUCCUGUACAGGAAGGUGACCACUCAACCUGAAAAUGCUGAUGAAGUCGAUCAGGAAGUUCAAUGUGCACAAGCAGAUGUCGACGACGAGGCGGAGGGAGAGGAGGCUCCUGAUCCUCAUCGUACACCGAGUGAUGAAAGUUGCAGCGGAAGUGAAAACGUGCAUCACUUGAAGAAGAGCUGCGGCGACUCUUCUGGGAAACUGGAACAACAGCCAAACCAGGGAGAAGCGUGGGUGAGACGACACAAAGACGCUGAAGUAGAUGGACACAUGUUGCUGACAGAAAAGUCACAUUUUUCAAAUUCGCAAAAAGAAGGAGGUUUUGAGCCAAACAGACGACGUCUGGAAACAAACUCGGAGCACAUCACAACACACUUUGUGGACAGUAUGUUUGAACUAACCCAUAAUUACCAGAAUAAGACAAGAAAGGACGACGAUAUUACCUGGGACAAGAAUGGAGAAGACGACAGAUGGAGAACGACUGGCAGCAGCCCCAGAGUCCAACCGUUAGAAAGUAAACAUGUGAAAAAUAGAAGGGAGGUAGGAGCAGAGAUAAGCAUAGACGGAAAAGAUAUCUUAACUCCGGGUCACGUUCUCCCCAUUCACUACAUCAACUGCAGAGUGAAUGAACCUGCUGACCUCAGGACACAUUCAAGCAACGUGAAGAGAAACGACGGUGAAGGCUGGAAACUGGAGGCCUCGCAAACUGUGACAGCUGGAGAAAAGACUGCACAUGAGAGGAAGAGAGAAAGCAUUAAAAAGCACAAGGAGACAAAACAGAAACAGCCGUGGAGGUGACACGAUAACAAGUUUUAUUUUCAAGUGAUACGUUUGAUUGGAAGUGGAUUUCAGACAUGAACUCGAAAUUCUCUGGUCUCUGCAACAGAGUAUUGUGAAAAAAAAGUUAUAAUAUUACAAGAAUAUAGUCGUACAUUUAUUUUCCACAAGCAGUCUGGUGAAACCCGAGUUUAAAACCAAGUAUCUACAUUCCUGGAUUUGAACAACGGGCAAACGUCACAUGCUUCAUGUGCAUAUAUUUUUAUAUUUAUAUUUAUAUUGUUACAUUUGAAUACUUGAUUUUCUUAUCUUCUUAUACUUAGAGAUGUCUGACAUGCACCAACAACACCAAAACAGAUUCCAUGUAUGUGUAAUCUUAUGAUUCAGUAUUUUUGGUCAAAGGUUCAAACACGAGAUAUCAUGUUGCACAGUUGUUAAACACGUCCACACCUUCAUACCAGGAAAUAAAGAAUGACUCUCUGAAUGUUUGUCUCCUUUGUGUUUUGAUCUUAAUCUCAGCUGUGAUUGGCUCAAGCUGCUGACUGAAG